GAGCCCGAGUCAGGGAGCAGAGGAGACCGGAUUUGACCACCCGAGCUCCCAUACCAGAGCACACCAAACGAGCCCAGAUCUGCGGCUCAUGUGCUGCCGAUCCAGGCGUGAUGGCGUUCGCACCCUGUUUGGCAUCUGCAGCAGGACAUAAGUUUCUGGCUUUGGACUCGAGAACUUCAUUCAGUGCUUUGCUCCCAGUGCAGCAGGCAGGCAGGCAGGCAAGCGUCUGAAGGUUGGUCCGUCCACUCGUCCAAGGACUGUUGAUCGAUCGACGGGUGCUGCUGCUGCUGCUGCUGUUUGUGAGGGCGAUUUCUCAGUGACUGUAAGCAGACAGGUGAAUCAUCCAUAAUCGUCAACAUGGCGAAUGGGAGCUCAGGUGCCAGUGUGCCCCCGAAGGGCCCGCACGCCAUGCAUCCCCUGAACUACCCACGUAUCGGCAACACCUCUCUGAACAAGCGCAUCAUGACUUCCAUGACUAGAAGAUCCGUCGCUGCCCAUCCAUGGCACGAUCUGGAAAUCGGUCCCGAAGCUCCUGCCAUUUUCAAUUGCGUUGUCGAAAUCGCUAAGGGAAGUAAAGUGAAGUACGAGCUUGACAAGAAGAGUGGCCUGAUCAAGGUUGAUCGCAUCUUGUAUUCCUCAGUUGUCUAUCCUCACAACUAUGGAUUCAUUCCUCGUACUCUCUGUGAAGACAACGAUCCUAUGGAUGUUCUGGUACUUAUGCAGGAACCCGUUAUUCCAGGUUGCUUUCUGAGAGCCAGGGCUAUCGGACUCAUGCCGAUGAUUGACCAGGGUGAGAUGGACGACAAGAUCAUUGCUGUCUGCGCCGAUGAUCCCGAAUUCCGUCACUACAAGGACAUCAAUGAGCUGCCACCUCACAGGCUCGCUGAGAUUCGUCGAUUCUUUGAAGACUACAAGAAGAAUGAGAACAAGGAAGUAGCAGUUAACGACUUUUUGGGCUCAGAGAGCGCCAUUGAAGCUAUUGGCCAUUCGAUGAACUUGUAUGCGCAGUACAUCGUCGAGAGUUUGAGACAGUAAAGCGAUGAACGUAAAUCCUUCUACCCACAAGAAUACAUUCGUUGAGGAUUUUUUUCAUUCGUCAGCAGAGUUGCUGACGGGCAGGUCAAGUGAUCACUUGGACUUAAGGCAUUCCGAGAAGUCCUUACAACAUUGAAGAUCUUGCAAUUUGCCUGCUGUGCAAAUUCGCAUGAAGGCUCUCAAAGUUGGCUCGAGCGUGAACAAGUUUUCCUACGAUUAGAGAUGUUUGCCUGCGAGCUUAGAACCCAAUAUACCGACAUGUAAUUCUUUGACUUCUUUUCCAGGACUGCUGAAGAGCCUUCUCCCCAAGUUAUUGGUUUUUUGAAGUUAGAAGCAACACCUUAUUGCCUCUAGUGUAUCAUUGUAAAAGGCUUACUUCCAGUCCCAAAAUCACGACGAUCAGAAAUGAUUUCGUGCUAAGUGGAUGUUCCGAUAACUGAAUUAUCUUAGCUCUCAAGCCGAAGACGACUGUGAGUAAGAUUUGUUUGGGAUUUGUAGAAAAACUCAAAGGUCAUUCAUCUUGCAAAUCAAUGUUGAAGCAUUUUUUCCUAUCCUUGAAGGACUUCGCCUUUACUCGGCCCCUGUAUUUACGCAUCUUCGGAUGUUGAUUGUGAAUCAUACGAAUCUCAGUGUCG